AUGAGGGAUCGUCGAAAGCGAUCACGUGGAGGUCCGUCCAGUACGCAUAAAAGAAAGCGGGCCGGCCGUAGGCGAGUAUUGUGCUGUGGAACUCGUGGAGUAAACGUGAGCAUGUCUGGCCGUGGCAAAGGAGGUAAGGGACUCGGGAAAGGUGGCGCAAAGAGGCACAGGAAGGUGCUUCGGGAUAACAUCCAGGGUAUUACCAAGCCUGCUAUCCGCCGUUUGGCUCGCAGAGGAGGUGUAAAGCGUAUCUCUGGGCUGAUCUAUGAGGAGACCCGUGGUGUGCUCAAAGUGUUUUUGGAGAACGUGAUUCGCGACGCAGUCACUUAUACUGAGCAUGCCAAGAGGAAAACCGUUACCGCUAUGGACGUGGUGUAUGCCUUGAAACGCCAAGGCCGUACUCUGUACGGUUUCGGAGGUUAAGCUUGUUGA